AUGCUGACCUUUUUUGUGUCCUUGUUCUUGAGAUAUUACAGGGAAAACAUAAAAAUGUUUUUCCCCUUCUCCUGGAUCCCGGGAACCUAUGAAUGGACUCCUUUUGAUUCAAACCCAAUAGACUUCUUUUUCCAAGGUCUUGUGGCUGCAUGUGGAAUAUCAGUGCUGUGCAAUCUCAUGAGAGUUUACCACUUCAUUGAAACAUGCAGUGACUCUGAAUCUGAAACUGAAAGCAAACAGAGGUCAUCACCUGGCAAUCCUCUGAGAGCGAGCUGGAAAACAGCUCUCCAGUUCUGGUUGCUGACGGUCCUUCUGUCUCUGGUGGGCUCGAGGGUUUCCUCUCUGAUAGUGCUGGAGUUUUCUCUCAGAGCUGUUGCUGCUUGGACAUCAACAGGACUUGAUGCCAAUGGCAGAGGCCUAGACCGGCUCCUGGUCCAGUGUCAAUUCUCCCUGGGUUGCGGCCUCACCUGUACUCUGUUCUUCCUCCAUCAGGGGGCUCCAUACAGCUCCCUCAGUUUGUUUCUGGCAGCUGCUCUCAGCUGGGCACUGGCAAGCCUCAGCCACAGUCUGUGGACCCAUGUGGCCAGACUCUACCCACUACAUAGCACAGAGCAUUACUGUGGGAAGUGCAUCACCCUACUGACCUCCGGACACACCAUACUGGCUUCAGUGCAAAGAGUGGUUGUCUUGGCCUUUGCUCUCGCAACUGUGGCUUCCACCAUUAUGGUUUAUGACCACUUCCUGUCCCAGAAUGAUGCUCUUAAGUUUUGGACUCCAUUGACUCUCUGCUACGCUAUAUUGGUGGUCUAUAUUCAAGAAAGCCAGCAGGAUCAGAAUCUGCACACGGGCACACAGGCCCUGUUGCACACUGCAGUAGUGCGACUGGCAGCCUUACUGGUGCUCAUGCUGACCGUGGGUAACUGGUAUGAUGUCCUGCACAUCCUCAUCUCUUUCCUGGGCGAAGCAGUCUGCCUGCUGCCCUCUCUGGACCUGCUUCAAGCUGCAUGA